AUGGCUGUUAAAGGUUUGGGUCAAUUGGAUCAAGUUUAUGAUGGUUCUAACUUGAGAAUUGGUAUCGUUUACGCUCGUUGGAACAGAACAAUUAUCGAUGCUUUGGUAGAAGGUGCCAUUAAGAGACUUCAGUCCUUAGGUGUUAAGGAAGAAAACAUUAUUCUUGAAUCCGUUCCAGGUUCUUUUGAACUACCAUGGGGCGUUGAAAGGUUUGUUCAAAAAGAAUUUGAAAAAGGUCAUCGUUUAGAUGCUGUUAUCCCUAUCGGUGUCUUGAUCAAAGGCAGUACGAUGCAUUUUGAGUACAUCUCAGACUCUACUACCAAUGCUAUUAUGAGUCUUUCUAGUAAAUUGAACACACCAGUCAUUUUCGGUUUAUUAACUUGCUUGACUGAAGAGCAAGCGUUGGCAAGGGCUGGAAUCGAUGAAGGAAAGACUAUGCACAACCAUGGUGAAGAUUGGGGCGCUGCUGCCGUAGAAAUGGCUGUAAAGUUUGGUUAUAACUAG